UUUUCUUGUGGAUUAAAAUAUCGUUUUUAAAGCGAUGCAAAAAUACGCAUGAGAUUUUAAUCAGUUUUAAGUUAAAUUUACGGAAUUGCGCAAUAUUUUUUUUACAGCAUAUUAACAAUUCAUUAAAUUCAUUGCAGUGAUUUCUCAAAGAGUAUUAACAGUUACAAAAAAUGCCUUAAUUGCUAAAUUUAAAGAAUUCCUGAUUGUAAUAUUGUUUUUAAAGUAAUUCUUUUUCACGGAUACAUUGCAAUUUAAAUUUGUAUAACCAAAAGUUUGCAAAAGAAUGAAAAUCCUGUUUACUUCUAAAGUCAAUUUUAAAAUGUCAGCAUCCAAUAUCCUAAAAGUUUUCUAAGUUGGAUUUUUUGAAAAAAGUUGGAAUGCUUCCUUCUUAUUUAAAACUAGAAAAUGAAAUAUCCAGAGGCAGUUUUUAUACAACUAAACGAUGUACUAACAUACUAACAGGAGAAGAGUAUGCUGUAAAGAUUGUUGAUUUAAAACCUUCAAUUUGCACAAUAUUAGAAGAUAUUAAGAAAGAAAUAUUCAUAUGCAAGCAAUUAUGUCACCCAAAUAUUGUUCAAACAAUUGGUAGUUAUCAAACUUCUGACCAAUUCUACAUAAUAACAGAGUUGAUAACAGGAUCAGAUAUAUGCUCAGAAAUCCUGAAUAAAGUUGAUAGUGGUUAUUUGUACAGUGAGGCUGUUGCAAGCUUUUAUAUGCGUCAAAUUUUAGAAGGCCUGGAGUUUAUUCAUGAAUGUCAAGUGGUUCAUAGAAACUUGAAUCCUCUAUGUAUGAUGCUUGCCUCAACAAACAAUAAUGCAGCUGUUAAGAUAACUGACUUUAGAUUUGCAUCAAAAAUGCCAGAAGAGAACAUUGAAAGAAAAGCAGUGGUACCAUCUGAGUUUACAGCACCAGAGGUUGCCCAUGGAAAAAAUUAUAAUUAUUCUGUUGAUAUAUGGGGAUUCGGUAUUACUUUGUAUAUUUUGCUUAAUGGUGAAAAUAUAUUACAGAGUUCUCAAACGAAUUCAAAGUAUAGUUUGCAGAUGUCUUUAACUGGUUCAGAUAUUUCAGAAACAGCAAAAGAUAUACUAUAUCAAGUACUAGAAUAUGAUCCUGUAAAGAGACCAUCUGCUACAUCACUUCUCCAACAUCAAUGGUUUAAUAAAAAACAACAAGUACCACGUUUUCACUUACUAAAAACCAUAGAGAAUCUUAAGAACUUCAAUAAAAGACAACAGGAAUUGUAUAAUUGCCAACAAAACUACAUCAGUGAGACUGAUUUGACUAAUCCAAAUCAACCAGUAUCAGAAGAAAAAAAGAAGCCAGAAUCUGUGAUAGAUGACUUCACGUUAGUUACAAUGCUAAAGAUUCACAAUUUGACAAAAAAGUAUAAAGAUGAAAACGAUGUCAAUAAAUUAAUAGCUAAUGCAUCUUUAUUGAGAUCUGAGGUUUGUUUAUCGCUUUCUUCGGUUUCUGGUAAAGCAACAGUUAUUAAUGAAAAAGUGGCUUUAUUGUUAGAUCUUUUAGAUAGUCUUCAUUUUAAGACUAUGUUAAAAGUGCAUGAUGAAACAAUAAAAGAGCUUCAACAGUUGGAUCAACCUAUACAAAAUAGAUUAGGAGAUGGAAUACGCCAAAGUUUGUCUGAUAAUUUUACACAAGUUCGAUUAAUUCAGUUUCAUCGACCUCACUCAGAACCAUUGGGGAUUACAGUAAAAAUGAUUAAUAAAAAGCACUGUGUUGCUAGAAUAAUACAUGGUGGAAUGAUACACAGACAUGGGACUCUGAACAUAGGUGAUGAGAUAAAAGAAGUGAAUGGCACUAAUCUGAGCUAUAAAUCAGUUGAGAUGGUGCAAAAAAUUUUGAACAAUGCUGUUGGUGAUGUUUCAUUGAAAGUUGUUCCUAGUAUAAGAAACGAAGAGAUUAACCAGAAUGAGCUGUAUGUCAGAUGUCUGUUUGAUUAUGAUUCUUCUCUUGAUAAUUUAAUACCUUGUCAGCAAGCUGGAAUGUCUUUUGAAUGUGGAGAAAUAUUAGAGAUAAAGUGUAAAUCUGAUCCGCUUUGGUGGCAGGCAACUAAACCAGGAAAACAUAUGGCAGGUUUAAUACCAUCUCAAGAACUUCAAGAGUGGCGGAUAAUGAGUAUUGAGGCACAAAAGAAAAAUGAAAAAACUAGAAAGUUAUCUUUGCCUUCCAGCAAAAAGAAGCCAAAACAAAAACAGAUGGCUUACAGAGUUAGCCUUCACACAAUAUAUGAUAAGUUGGAUUUAACAACAUAUGAAGAGGUUGCUUUUAAAGAAUCAUUUAGCAGAAAAGUAAUAGUUUUGAUUGGAGCGAAAGGAGUUAAUUGUAAAAGUAUCAAGAAUAACCUUAUAGCACAGUUUCCAGAAAAAUUUUCUACUCCAAUAAUAUGUACAACAUCUGAAUCGCAUCUUCAAGAAACAGACGAGAAGUUUUUAUUUGUAAACAAGAAAGAAAUGUUAGCAGAUAUAAAUCAACAUAAAUAUUUGAAUUACUUUCAAAGUAAAGGUUAUUUAUAUGGAAUCACAUUGGACUCUAUCCACCGUAUUAUAUCUGAUGGUCUGAUUCCGAUACUUGAUGUUGAAAUUCCUGUAUUGAAGUUACUUAGGUGUAAGGAAUUUUCUCCAUGCGUUAUUUUUGUAUCGUUUCUUGAAUUUUACUCUACAAGUGGAGAUGUAGUAUUGGGUUCUGAUAUUCAACAGUUGGCUGCAGAGAGUGCAGAUAUGCUUAAACGUUAUCGCCAUUUAUUUGAUCACAUUGUUAUAUAUAGUUCAACAGAAAAAACUGUUGACCAAAUUAUGAACUUUAUAGCCUUAAAGCAAAAAUCCCCUGAUUGGAUACCAGUUGGCUGGUUGUAUUAAACUUUUCGAUUUGAUGUAAGCUCUCAGUACAAGAUUCGUACAAGGUAUUGAUACAAGUUAUCGGUUCAAGAUUCGACGCAAGUUAGUUGAUCGUAUUAAAACUGUUUGAAUACUUGAUUAGUUAAUACUA